GUACUCUCCAACAAAACCCUUUCGAAUCCUCGCUUCUCUCUGUCUUCCCCCACACUCGCUUCACCAACCUAUUCGACCGUUUUUCCUCGCGAUAGCGACGAGGGAGAAACCCUAAUCUUUCCCGCAAUUCGCGAUUCUAUCUCCUCGCAGGCUUCAGGUCGGUUGAAGAAAGACGGAUUUAUGUCCUUCAAUCAAUCCAGGGUAGAUAGGAGUGACGGCCAGCAGCUGAGGAAGAGCGGUCGUUCCGGCAGCUCCGGCCAGCACAGGGGAUAUUCCGGCGGCGGCGCGAAGGGCGGUGGCGGCUCCGCCCCUCCUCCCCAGCUCUCUUCUUCCUCCUCUUUCCCCCAUGCUUCAUCGAGCCACCCGCCGCUCUCAACGAAUCGGAGUUUCAAGAAGUCUGGAAAUGGACAAGGAGGGCCAUCCAGGGGGAAUACAUCGAGUUCGGGGCCGAGUUUUGCCGCUGCCGCUGCAGCUCCGGUUGCUCCACGGCCUGUGCAGAAUGGAUCAACUGAUGCACCAGCACCAAGUACUGCAAAACCUGUGGAUGCACCCAUCCCGAGAAGUUCGCGAGCCCACCCAAGUGCUCCGAUUCCUCGAUCUGCUGCAGGAGCUUCAGAUUCUGCGGCUCCUGUGACUCCGGCCAAAGGUGAUGGACCAUUUAUUCUCCAGUUUGGGUCUAUAAGUCCUGGUCUCAUGGAUGGAAUGCAGAUUCCUGCUCGGACUACGUCAGCUCCACCUAAUCUGGAUGAGCAGAAGCAGGACCAGGCUCGCCAUGGGUCAUUCGGGAUGAUGCCGAAAGUGCCUGUACCCUCUAGAUCACAGCAUCCACAACUACCAAAGAAGGAUACAAGUGGUCUUAACCAAUCAAAUACAGGAGAAUCUCAACCUCCUCCCCAUGUAAAGCAGGAUGGGCACACACAAAUUUCAGCUCCCCCUGCUGUACCACUACCGAAAUCUUCUGUUCUUCCUAUAGCUGGGUUACCUGUCCCGGUGGCCUUUCAACAUCCACAAGUUCCCCUGCAAUUUGGUGGCCCCAGCCCUCAGAUGCAGUCACAGGGUGCUGCAGCCAGUUCACUGCAAAUGCCAAUGACAUUACCUGUUGGAAGUAUCCCCCAAGUACCACAACAGAUGUUUCUCCAUGGUCUCCAGUCUCAUCCUCUGCAGCCUCAGGCCAUAAUGCACCAGGCACAAGGCUUGGGCUUUGCACCUCCAAUGGGUCAUCCGCUGCCUCCUCAGAUAGGAAGCAUGGGAAUGGGCAUUGCCACCCCACAAUUUUCACAACAUCAGCCUGGAAAAUUUGGUGCUCCUCGCAAGACCACUGUAAAGAUAACUCAUCCAGAGACCCAUGAGGAGCUGAGACUUGACAAAAGGACAGAUUCAUAUGCAGAUGGUGGUUCUGCAGGGCAAAGACCCCUUCCUAAUGUAACAUCUCAAUCCCAACCAGUUGCAUCACUUAGUCCCUCACAUUACUAUCCUCCAUUGCAGCCUAAUGCUUAUAACUCAUCACAGAUGUUCUUCCCUAGCUCAACUUCUCUCCCUUUGACAAGCACCCAGUUGCCUUCUGGUUCACAGGUACCAAGAUAUAGCUAUUCAGUUGGCCAGAGUGGCCAAGGCGUUCCAUUUAUGAAUCCGUCUGUCCUUAAGCCCAUGGCUGGCAGCAAUUCUGGACUUUCUUUGCAUAGUCUCUCUGAACCACUGAAAGUAGAAGCUGUGCCAGUCUCUGAUCCAACAUCUUCAGUUCAGGGGACGGUGAAGCCAGUUAUUGGUUUGCAUGGCAAUAAGGUUGGGACAACUUUAUUAACAGUCAGCAUGCCCAUAAGCAAUGCUGAAGCACCUAGGAUAUUAAAGCUACCUGCAGAAGCCACUUCUUCUCAUCCACAAAAUGACAUUAAAAUCAGACCAGAAUGUUCUGUUCAGCAGCCCAAAUCAUCUUCUCAGCCAUUGGAAACCACAGAGGCUGCAGCCUCAACAGUUAUUGUUGCUCCUCAUGGAGAUUCUGGAUCUGUUGAGACAGGAACUGAUGGCAGAAGAACAGAACCUAUUCGAAGAUCGGACUCAUUGAUGGAUCACCUGAAAAAGCCCAGUAAGAAGGAUCCCAGACACUUGCAACACUGGCAACAGGCAGAUACAUCUGAUUCUGCAGGUAGUGUGAACUUGUCUUCAUUUAGCCAGGGUGAUCCUGGAGAUGUAGCAACUAGGCAAAUGUCCAGAAAUUCUGAGAAAGUUAAGGAAUCUUCUGGAGCAGGUAUGCCAAACAUUACCUCUGGCUUGUCUUCACCUGGUUUAGAACAGAGUAGUUCCACUGAAGUCAGAAUUUCGAAAGCUAUUGGAAGCCAAUUCGCACCUACCGAAUCAGGAUCAGGUGAAAUUAUUUGGGGGCAGGAAAUACUACAAGAUGUUUCUGGGAGAGCUGAUAGCAUAACUCUAGUUAAAAAGAAAGGUUCUUCUGAGACAUCAACUUCUACUGGUCUUGAGAUGGAUGAAACUGCACUGGAGAAUUUAUAUCCAACUUUUAGUCAGGAAAAUUCUAUCUUGUUGGAUGUUGAACCAGGACAAGAAACAGUGGCAAAGAAGAAAAAUGGUGAAACUGAAGUAUUCGGUGAUUCCUCAAGAGAGGCUGGCAAUUCUGAAGAGUAUCCAGUACCUGCUAUUACUGAAUGUGUUGAAGGUGGAAAGCCAGUUGAACUGGUUGAGCAAGACGGGGCUGGGGGAGAAAAUUCAGAAAGUUCAACUGUCUGUGAGUCUCAUGAUGCUGAAAGGCAACAGUCUGGUUCCCACAAUGAAGCAGUGGAGCAAAGCUCAGUGGUUGGGAAGACAUCCGAGGAAAUAGACAUAUCUGCUAGGACAACUUCAGACUUCACAGAAGCUGAUGUGGUUCCUUCAUGUCAUCUUUCAUCUGUAAAUGUUGAAGAAGAAAAGCCUUCCUCUCCAGAUGCCAUCACAAAUACAAGUAAAGCAUUACACAGCCAUGAUGCUGGCUUGAGCGAACCUGAUGCCUCACAACCAGAGGUAGCUGCUAUUUCAGCCUCUGUUACUUCUAAAGUGACCGAAAAGCUGGAAGGAAAAGCUACAGAGCUGUCUAGUGAGGAUCUGGUUUCUGCUUUGUCAUCUGGACCCAAGGAUAAGCCUUCUUUGGAGCCUCCCCGUGCUAGGCCUGCUUCUGGAAAAAGGAGGAAGAAGAGAGAAAUUCUUUCAAAGGCUGAAGCGGCGGGAACUUCUGAUCUUUACACUGCAUACAAGUGUCCUGAAGAAAAACAUGAAAAUACUAAUAGCUCAGAAAGUGUGGAUAGUUCUGUGGUAGUGGAUGGAAAACAUGUGUCUGCAGAUACUGAUAACGACAUUGUUGCUGUUGAGGGAGAUGAGCAGAGCAAAGUUGAAGUGGAUGAUUGGGAAGAUGCAGCUGAUAUCUCCACUCCAAAAUUGAGAAUAUCAGAGGAUGGACAGCAAGCAAGUCAAGCAAAGAAUGAUAACAGAAAUGAGACUAUGAGGAGGAAGUAUUCCAGGGAUUUUCUGUUAACCUUUUCUGAGCAAUGUGCUGAUCUUCCUGUAGGGUUUGAGAUUAGAUCUGAUAUAGCUGAUGCUUUGAUGAGUGUCUCAGUUGGUGCUUCCCGUAUUGUUGAUCGGGAACCCUACCCAAGUCCUGGAAGGAUUACAGAUAGAUCUCCAGGGGCUUCCCGGGUGGAUCGCCGUCUGGUUGGCAUUGUGGAUGAUGAUAAGUGGACAAAAGCAUCUAGUUCUUUUGCUUCUGUACGUGAUCUUCGGCCUGAGAUGGCUCAUGGAUCAUCUAUUAUGAACUUUCGUCUGGGACAAGGAGUUAAUCAAGGAGUUUUGAGACAUCCACGUGGGCAGUCAUCUAGUCAGUUUGCUGGAGGGAUUCCCUCUGGGCCGGUGCAGUCACUGGCAACUCAGGGAGGAAUACCACGAAAUGGUGCUGAUGCAGACAGGUGGCAGCGUUCUGGCACUCAAAGAGGGUUAAUUCCUUCUCCUCAAACACCUGCACAAGUAAUGCACAAAGCUCAGAAUAGAUAUUUAGUGGGUAAGGUGAAUGACGAUGAAGAGGCAAAGCAAAGGCAAUUGAAGGGCAUACUGAACAAGCUGACGCCUCAGAAUUUUGAGAAGCUAUUUCAGCAAGUCAAAGAGGUUAAUAUUGACAAUGCUGGUACUCUUACUGGUGUUAUUGCUCAGAUUUUUGACAAAGCUUUGAUGGAGCCAACUUUUUGUGAGAUGUAUGCUGAUUUCUGUCAUCAUCUUGCUCGUGAAUUACCUGAUUUCACAGAGGGCAAUGAAAAGAUUACCUUUAAAAGAUUGCUCUUAAACAAGUGCCAAGAGGAAUUUGAAAGGGGGGAGAGAGAGCAAGCUGAGGCUAGUAAAGCUGAAGAGGAAGGUGAGACUGAACAAUCUGAAGAGGAAAAGGAGGAGAAAAGAAUCAAGGCACGGAGGCGUAUGCUGGGAAAUAUCAGGUUAAUUGGAGAAUUGUACAAGAAAAGAAUGUUGACAGAGAGAAUUAUGCAUGAAUGCAUCCAGAAGUUGCUUGGGCAGUAUCAGAAUCCUGAUGAGGAAGAUAUUGAAGCUUUGUGCAAGUUGAUGAGUACAAUAGGUGAGAUGAUAGACCACCCCAAGGCCAAGGAACACAUGGAUGCAUAUUUUGACAUGAUGGCAAAACUAUCAAUAAAUCAGAAGCUAUCAUCUCGGGUUAGGUUCAUGCUGAAGGAUGCAAUUGAUCUGAGAAAGAAUAAAUGGCAACAAAGAAGGAAAAUUGAAGGCCCAAAGAAAAUUGAAGAGGUGCAUAGAGAUGCAGCUCAGGAGCGGCAGGCUCAAGCAAGCAGAUCAGCUCGUGGUUCUGGUAUUUCCAUCUCAAGAAGAGGACCACCUGUUGAUUAUGGUCAAAGGGGGUCCACUAUAUUACCUUCUCCAAGCUCACAGAUAGGUAGCGUACGCAAUUUACCUCCUCAGGUCCGUGGGUAUGGAGCUCAAGAUGUUCGAUUAGAGGAUAGACAUCCGUUUGAAAGUAGAACAUUGUCAGUUCCCCUUCCUCAAAGACUUACUGAUGAUGAUUCAAUUACUCUGGGCCCACAAGGUGGUCUUGCUAGGGGUAUGUCUGUUCGAGCACAGUCUUUGAUGCCAGGUGCUACCAUGGCUGAUAUUUCUCCAAAUGUUGGUGACAAUCGUAGAAUGCCAUCAGGUCCAAAUGGCUACAGCCCGUCACCUGAUCGGACACCUUAUAGCUUAAAAGAAGAAAUGGUGCCAAAAUAUAUGCCAGAUAGGCUCUCUGGAGCAACCCAUGAUCAGCUGAAUCCUCAAGAUCGUAAUACUUAUUUAGGAAGCGGGGACAAGCUUGCAGAUCAUUCUUUUGAACGAUCUGCAGCAACUACCAUUCCUGCUGGUCAUGCGCAGGGAUCUUUAAGUGGCAGUACAGGUGCAUCUUCUGAAGCAAAACCAUUGUCUGAAGAGGCUUUGCAAGAAAAGUCAUUAUCAGCGAUAAGGGAAUUCUAUAGUGCCAGGGACGAGAAGGAGGUAUCUUUGUGCAUCAAAGAGCUGAAUUGUCCAAAUUUUUAUCCAGAUAUGAUAUCACUCUGGGUGACCGACUCCUUUGAGCGGAAAGACAUGGAGAGGGAUCUCUUGGCUAGACUUCUUGUCAACCUAUGCAAAUCUCGAGAUAGUUUGUUUAGUGAAGUACAGCUUAUCCAGGGAUUUGAAUCUGUUCUCACCUUGCUGGAGGAUGCUGUAAAUGAUGCUCCCAGAGCAGCAGAGUUUCUCGGCCGCAUGUUCGCAAUAGUAAUAUUGGAAAAUGUGGUUCCACUCAGAGAUGCAGGAAAAUUAAUCUAUGAAGGUGGAGAGGAGCCCGGGCGCUUAUUGGAAAUUGGGCUUGCAGCUGAGGUCCUUGGCAGCAUCCUGGAAGUAAUCAAAAUAGACAAAGGGGAUACUUUUUUGAAUGAAUUAUGUCUGAGCUCCAAUCUUUGUUUGGAAAAUUUCAGACCUCCGCAUCCGAUCAAGGCAAAGAAACUGGAUGCAUUUCUUUAGAAGGAUGAGGAUGUGUGAGAGAGGUGAGCCUUGGUGCAGCAUUGAGGUUGCUUCAUUAUGAUCUAAAUGUCAUGGUUUGAAAUCCAAAAAAGCUCAUGCAUGUAUGAGGAUAAGACCUCAAAGUGAUGGGAUCGUCGUGCAUUGUUCCACCUUUAUUUUUUUUUUAGUUAAACAGUCUGUUAAUUAAGUCAAAAUAGCUAUACCUUUGUUGUUUCUGGUACCAUUUUUUUGUUGUAAAAAAAUGAGGAUAAUGAAAAGAGAGGGAUGCUUACAAUAUUUAUUUGAGUUGAAAAACAUAAAAUAAUAUUUACCUAUAAAGUUUAAUAUACAUUUUAUAUUUGCAAUCGUAUUCAA